CUUCAGAGAGAGGAGAGAGAAAGAGUUGACAGCAGAGCAACACAACUUUUAGUAAAUGUUGCACACUUGUCAAGUCAGUUAGUUAAUAGUUAGUGCAUAGUUGGGUGGGUGGCUCAUCGGACAGAUAAGCCUCAUCAUCAGCAGAAGCAGGAGCGGAUAUAUUAUUAUUGGUGGGAGUAGUGAGUGGGUGCGUUUUGGAGGAGAAAUUAGCGCAAGUUCUUCCAAAUUAUUUGUUGAUUCGCAACAAAACAAUGUCGUCGUCCGAAUUGGAUGAACCAAUUACCAGCGAAGAAAAGGUUCGAAUCGUGUCUGACUUCAUUCUCCAUUCUCCGCCGGGCGAAUUUAACGAAGUGUUCAAUGAUGUGAGGACACUUUUGAAUAAUGACACACUACUCAAAGAAGGUGCUUCCAGUUCAUUUGCCCAGUACAAUAAAGACCAGCUGACGCCGUGCCGUGUUCAAGGGAGUGAGCAACCUGUCGUAAUAUCGGAACAUAACGAUCUCGGCGGAGGUCGAUUUUAUGACCCGAAGACUAAACAGUCCUUCAAAUACGACCACUUGAAGAAGGAGGCUUCGGACUUUCAGUCUUACGAUUUGGAUAAGAAAAGUGAGCCAUGGAGGUCCGCUCUGGAAACGGAGUUUGGAGCUUAUGUCUCCCAGCAUUAUCCGCACGGAGUUUAUUCCAUCUUCUCAAAGUCUUCAGGGGGCAUUGUCACCGUCAUUGUGUGCAUUGAGGAUCAUCAAUUCCAACCGAAGAAUUUCUGGAAUGGUCGGUGGCGAUCACAAUGGACUGUCAGUUUCGAUCCAUCCGCCAUCGGCGAGAUGGUUGAGGUUAAGGGCGUCGUUAAAGUCCAGGUUCAUUACUAUGAGGAUGGCAACGUUCAGCUCGUCAGUUCCAAAGACAUUAAGCAAACCAUUCAAGUAGCGAACGAGUCAGAAUUCGCCUUGGAAUUUGUCAAACUUGCGGAAUCAUCGGAGAGCGAGUAUCAUAACGCAUUAAUCGAGAAUUAUCAAACCAUGUCCGACACGACGUUCAAAGCCUUGAGACGACUGUUACCUGUUACUCGAACAAAGAUUGACUGGAAUAAGAUUGUGUCCUACACCAUCGGGAAAGAGUUGCGUGCUCAGUAGUAGGGUAACAAUAGAUAGGUUUCUUAUGAAAUAAUAUUUAUUUACUUUUGGCUUACAAAGUAUCAACCAUACUAAUAAUACCAACCACAAAAACAAGUCUCCUUCUCCCUUAACUUCAAAGUUAUUGAUUUGUAAACCUACCUAAAAUUAUUGUGUAAUUAUCUCCUACUUUUCAAAAUUUCCAAUGUGUUCGACCUAUUAAAAAAAUUGGCCUAAUUUAUUACCAUAAAUUUCCCAUUUCUAUUACCACAAAUAUGUAAUUACUUUUUACUUUUUCUUCACACCACGAUAAAUGGUUUGCUUAUCGUCAUCCUCGUCGUUCCCCAAAUUGUACAAGUUUCGAGAUAAAAAUUUUGUCUAAAAUAAUUCGGCUUAUAUAAAUAAUCGAUAAGUGGCUGACUCUUCUUGGGAGUGUGUAGGAUUAACUUUAUCAAGUCCUAUACGACACGACUUGCAAAAAAUCCUGCCAACUUUUCCACCCAAAAGUUCACUAUCUCUCUUCGUCUAUCCACACUUUGCCAAUUUGUGAACGACCUCUACAUCACCAUCGUCACCCUACUCCUCCUCCCCCCUCAAUUUUGAACCAUUUAUACCAUUUUAACAUUUUUUUGCUCUUAAUUAAGUAUUAUUAGUAUUUGCAUACAUAUAUGUACAUAGCUAUAGUUCAGUUUAUUGCUGCAUAGUAGGAAUAAAUAAGUACGCGUUAAGAAGAUAUUUAUAAUUUUAAUCAAGGCUUGAUUGGUUGUUUGUUCUCUAUAUCUUGUGUCCUCCACAUCGUCGCUGUUUGUUGUACGUAUCAUGAUGAUAAGCAUGGUGAACCAGUCUUCUGUGCUAAUUUGAAAUAAUGCAAAUUAUUACUACUAUAAAUAUAUAUGUAAAUCUACUAUAAAUGUAUAACCAGCCGUGAUAUUUUUACUCUGGAAAUGGCAUGAAAUUUAAUAAAGUUUUUGCAGUGUGGAACUCUUUCAAGUCGA